UACGGGAAGUUUCACAGAGUUCUGAUCCCUGCUUCGAUGAUUCUGCUCGUUGAUUUAUAAUUAUGUUGAAUGGUAGGAUGUUGCUGGGCAUUUUCCACAGUGGCAGCAAUAGAAGGAAUUAUAAAGCUUAAGACAGGCAAGUUAAUAUCAUUAUCAGAGCAACAGCUUGUGGACUGUGAUGUUGGAAAUAACGGCUGUCACGGUGGUUUCAUGGACAACGCUUUCCAAUAUAUUAUACGAAACGGAGGGCUAGCAAGUGAAGAUAAUUACCCCUACCAAGGAGUAGAUGGCACUUGCAAUAGCGAGAAGGCAUCAUCUAUUGAAGCAGAAAUAACUGGGUAUGAAGACGUGCCACAGAAUAAUGAAAACGCUCUCCUGCAAGCUGUGGCCAAACAGCCAGUAUCUGUUGGUAUUGACGGUGGUGGGCAGGAUUUCCAGUUUUAUAAAAGUGGUGUCUUCAAAGGGGAUUGUGGGACAGAGCAAAACCACGCCGUUACUGCAAUUGGAUAUGGUACUGACAGUGAUGGGACUGAUUAUUGGCUGGUGAAGAAUUCGUGGGGAACCAGUUGGGGUGAAAGCGGGUAUAUGAGGAUGCAAAGAGGCAUCGGUGCUAGCGAGGGCCUAUGUGGCGUUGCCAUGGAUGCUUCUUAUCCGACUGCAUGAGUAAACGUCAAGGGUCGUGUGAUUAAUCUUAUACUAAAUAUAUAGUACUUGAUUAUAUAGAUACCGUUUGGAAAGUUUGUAUACACACUUAGUGUGUAUUUGAUAUUGUAAUAGUUUCUAAGGAUAUGGUUUGAAAAAAAUAAAUUUAAAAAAGUUAUGUUUUACUUAAAAAUAUGAUUGAAAUUAUUAUUAAAUAAAAAAUAAUUAAAAAAUAUUUAGUUAAAA